CAUGGCUAGUUUUUCCAAGCGUUCAAACUCUUGAGCCUUGAUUUGUUUGAAUUCAUUAAAAUCUUCGUUGACCACUUCCACGGCUACGCUCUUGUCUUUCUUUUUAGCUUUUUUCUUUGCUGCAUCCAUUCCCAUUAGACGAGCAGUGGAUCCUACAGAGUUGGAGUCACUAGCAUCACUAUCGUGGGCUCUCUUAGAUCCACUGCUUUUAGAGCCACUAUUCCCUCCAACUUGACUACCAUAACGUGGUUGAUCACGGACAGCGAUCUAUUUUUUCAUUAAAUUGAAAUUUCCGGUACCACCACCUGAAUAGAUUUCUUGAGUUUUCGCCAAUACAUCUUGCUCCGACCAUCCACUUUGUUGCAUACGCUUACCGUUAUUGUAAGCGCCAAUCCAUUUUGACAAUUUUUGGUUCAUGUAGUUGUAAUGAUUUUUAGAAGAAUUUGUUGCAUACGCUUAGGGUUGUUUGAAGGGUUUUGGAUAUUAUUAGAAGAGUUUUGGUUGAGAUCCAUUUUUUCAAAGAAAAUAGAAAAAUAUAGAAACGAGAGUUAUGAGAGACUAAAUAUUAUUUUUUUCUGUGUCAAAAUCUAAUGAAACAAGUCUCUAUUUAUAGAGUAUGAAAAAUGAUAAAUUUUGAUAUAAUUUUUUUAAAAAUAAAUAUUUUAAUAUAUAAUAAUUGAAUGAAAUAAUGUAGAAGAGAAAAAAAAACUAAAACACAACCAAUCAAAGAAAAGUCGCCAGAACCACUUUCUCUUUGGCCAAUGGAACUAUGCCACAUCAGACUGUCUCUCUCCCUUUCAACGGAUUUAAUUUUUUCAGCUAGCUGUGUGCCAAGUCAUUUUAAACGCAUGGUCAACUGUUGAAUUAAUUUGUUCAACACGCCAUUGCACUUGGUCUUAGUAGAGUACUCCCUCUAUAUCAAAAUAAGUGGAUUUUAAGGUUUUUGCACAUCUAUUAAGAAAUUACAAAUUUUUAUUUAAUUUUUCUCGUUUGUCUAAAAACAAGAAUAAAUACAUAUAAUUCAACCAAUAGAAAAUUAUACUGCAGAAUACAAAUAGUCAAAAACAUAAAAUUAUAAAAUUACAUAGAAACUUGAAAACAUCAUUUAAAAUGAAACAAAAAAAAUUAUCUUAAAGCAUCACUUAAAGUGAUACAGAGGGAAUAUUAUUUGAUAUUAGCAAACGCACUAUGCCAAUUAGUUUUUAAUAAUAGAUAUACCACAAAGUAUUAAAGUCUAAAAAGUUCCAAAUGUGUAUCAUAAAUAGCAUUAAAUCAUAAAUGAUAAAAUCCAAAAUGAAAAGUUUGUCCUCUUUUUUUUUCUUUAAUUUAUUGGAGGCUAUUUAUUUUUUUGGAACAAUAUUGGAGGCUAUUAAAGCCAGAGAAAAUGAGGUUAUAAAAACAUGAGCGAGCUCUACACAUCCCCUCUUGUUAUCUUCCAUUUUACGCAGGAAACAAUAAAAAAAAAACAAGAUGAAGGGCUUGACUCUAGAGAAUUGCUCCUUACAAUUUACAAGAUGUCGAGAAAUGAAAACGCUAAGGCACAACCACUGGAGAAGUCCAACUUUACCCGGAGAUGUAGUCUGCUCAGCCGUUACUUGAAGGAGAAGGGUAGUUUAGGAAAUAUUAAUCUUGGGUUGAUUCGAAAGCCCAAUCCACCAGGGAAACAACAUAAGGCGGAUUCGGAAACCAAAACCCUCGAUGUCUUUCAGAGGGUUUUAAAAGGCGAACCGUCUCCAGGCAAAGCCAACGAAGAUUCCAACCUCAGGUCUAUACUACUACGAGAAAGUUCGCAGCUGACUAUUUUCUUUGGAGGUCACGUUUUAGUAUACAACGAGUUCCCUACAGACAAAGCUAAAGAGAUACUGGAAGUGGCUAAGCAAGCCAAGCCUGUGACUGAUAUUAACAUUAAGACACAAAUCAAUGUCGAAAACAACGAUAACAAAAGCAACAUGGUUCUUCCUGAUCUUAACGAGCCCACAAAUUCUGUGGAUAUCAUCAAUCAACAAAAUCAGGUCGUAGAACGUAUAGCACGUAGAGCUUCGCUUCAUCGAUUCUUUGCUAAACGGAAAGACAGAGCAGUGGCUAGAGCUCCAUACCAAGUUAACCAAAAUGUGGGUCAGCAUCAUUAUCCUCCCAAGCCAGAGACUGCCCACGGUCGAUCACUUAAAUCAGGGCAGUCGUCAAAAGCACCGGAGGAGGAUGUUGCUCAAACCAUGUCCCAGCCAAAACCAGAAGGUGAUAAAUAUAUGUCUAUAGAGACUGAAGAAGAAGGCCAGUGUUCGAAAGAUCUCCAGCUUAGGCUAUAGUAAAGUUGGCUCAAUAUUUGUUAUGAACUAAGUUUUUAGAUUAAAGUUUCCAUCCUCUUGACUAAUUUGAAUAUGUUUUUUUUUUGUUUUCUACUAAAGUCUGUAAUCUACUAUGUAUGUAAUCAUAAUCUAACUUGAAUAUAUUUAAUAGGGAGUUGUAAUCCUGUUUUAUAUCUCAAAUAUAGUAGAAGUUGUCAAAGUAAA